AUGGACCUGAUUCAGCAAGUGCUGGGCGGCCUGCCAAGCGGGCGCAAAAAAGCCAAAUGUCCAGGAGAGCAGCCGGUCUGCUCUCUGUGUGCGCGACUGCGCCAGCCAUGUCUGUAUGCGGACGAAAGACGUCGCUCAACGGCCCCGGAGGAAACCUCGAGAUCUAAUGCCCUAGACUCACGAGGUUCUCAUGCAUUGGAUGACAGAUUGCGAAACAUGGAAGGCAAAUUGGGGCAAGUUCUUAAUAUGUUAGGUGACAAGCGCACCCAGAUAACCGCACAAGAGCCAUAUCUGGCAGAGCCGGAACGAUCUGGUUCACGCCAAUCUAUCGUCUUACCACCUUGGGAGGAGAUCCUCCCAGUGGCGGAACUGUAUCUGCUCUACUGUGACUCCCAGCCUCUUCCACUAUUUCAUCGAGGCAAGUUUCUUGCGACUCUGCAAACUCGAGAGGUCGAGAUUAUCUAUACUGUGCUGGCACUAAGUCUUCGGUUCUCGGAUCGUUCUCGACAAAGUCCUGAUGAUUUGAAUAAUUUGGUCAAUGGCUAUGCCGAAGUGGCUCGGGGUCUGGUUAUGAAAAGAGUUUCCGAGGGUCCUGUGGAGUUGUCGACCCUUCAGUGUCUCUGUCUCCUGAGCUUGGUGGACUUUACGAAUGGCAAUACGCACCGCUCCAGCAUCCACAGUAGCCUUGCAAUGAACCUUGCCCAGUGUGCUAAUCUCGGCGCUGACGCGCGUUCGUCGAUGAGCCAUAUAGUUCGUGAAGAGCGAAGGCGCUGUUACUGGAGUAUUUGUCUUCUCAAGCGACUACAUGGUGGUGAUUUUUCCAUUCUAGACACCCCAGAAGUUGGCCUUCCUUACCCGGAAAGCCCAAGCCGACCUGCACGACUUCUUUCACCCGGACCAUCGGCGUUGGAGAUACGCAGGAGCGACAUGCAGGAUCAAGGCAUCAUUGCCUAUGUGAUCAUGCUCAGCGAAGUAUUCGCAAGAGCUGCACGAUACGUGCGACUACAUGGACGGCCGAGCAACGUCCCGCCGUGGUCUCCCCAUUCUGAGUAUUCAAAGAUCAUCGCGUUGCAAAUGGACCUCGAGACACGAAUGCCCUACACCCACCGCUUCAAGCCAGCCAACAUUGGCGACAGGUCUCCGGAGGAACUACAGGCCCACCGAGAAUACUGGGGCCCAUGGUUUUUAAAUCAGUUCAUGUACCACACCAGUUUGUGCCUGCUGAACCAUCCGCUCCUGCUCUCGUUAAGUCUUCGAAAUUUUCGAAGCAGUAUUCCCGAGAUCUUCCUCCAGCAUACUUCCGAUUUGAUAUCAUCGCACACAACAUGGAUCAUCCAUUUCAUCAACUUCUUCGAGGAGAAGAGAUUCCUGGUGUCGGAUCCGUUGCUGGGAUACAGCGCUGCCGUAGUGGCAACCAUCGAAUUGCAAUUGAGCUUUACCGAAAACCCAGCCAUCCGAGAACAAAAACGAGACAGAUUCACGAAAUGCGUCAAGUUCGUGCAACAGAUCGGUCAGAGGUGGCCGCAUAUGGCGCGAUUGGCCCAGAGAUUGCAGCGACUAGAAGACGCUGUCUCAGCCACCUAUCAAUCCGACCCGGGCGCCCAGAACCAAAGUCUUCUUAUCGACCUUUCCCGCUUCUGGGAGAUCCUGGAAUACUCCUCCAACAGCGAUGCGGAUUCUGCUCGCCGCUUGUUCGGAGAUUCACUGUAUGCGGGACGUCCACCGGUAGCAGCAGAGGUGUCACAGACUUCGCCGUUGCCGGAGCCAACCCGUUUGAUCACUCAUGAAGAGGAGCGCCCCAGUCCUCGAGUUGGAGGUUUUGGUACCAAUGCCACUUUCUCUAGCGUGCAGCACUAUCCGGUGGAUUCGGUGAUUUCGCCACAGCAUUUGACUCUGUCGAAUGAUGAGUUCUCUAUCCUUGCUACGAAUUUUUUCUCCCAAGGACAGGAGUUUCUGCGCAGCGGAGAGAACUGGGAUAGCAUAGGAAAUUUUUAG